AAAACUCUAUUAUAAACUAAUAAGUAGUAGUAUAUUCUUUUCGCGUUUGAAGUUUCCCUUUUUAUUUAUUUAAUUAUCUAUUGGUUUCACUUUUUUCUCUUCAUUGGUUAGGUAAUUUGGUUCGUUGGCGAUGGACUCUUCUGCCAUUGAUUGAGCUUCGAGUAUUCCUGCUCCUCGUCCUCCUCCUCGUUGUCGUCGUCGUCGUGCUGCUCCGACCGAUCAGUGAUGGCAUCUUCCUCCUCUUGCUUCAGCCUCGUCUCCCUGUACUCCAGCUACAUCAGCCGUUGCCUCUCCGUCGCCGGCCUUUCCUCCCAAACCAUCGACAUCGACGACCAAACCACCAUCCAAUUCUGGGGCCCUAAAUCCCCCUCCAACUCCAAUUCCAAUUCCGAUUCCAAUUCAGCCCUAGCUAAACCGGCUCUGGUUCUGAUCCACGGCUUCGGCCCCGAGGCCUUGUGGCAAUGGCGCCUCCAGGCCUCGUUCUUCGCCCGUCGCAACUUCGCCGUUUACAUCCCCAACCUCGUCUUCUUCGGCGGUUCCACCACCAGGUCGCCGGACCGCUCGGAGGUUUUUCAGGCGAUCUCGGUGGGGAAACUGCUGGAGAGGCUCGGAAUUGAGAGGUACUCCGUCGCCGGUACGAGCUACGGCGGAUUCGUGGCCUACCACAUGGCGAGGAUGUGGCCGGAGAGGGUUGAGAGGGUGGUGAUCGCCAGCUCCGGAGUUAACAUGAAGCGGAGAGACAACGAGGAGCUGGUGAGCAGAGCAAAACUCCAGAAAGUUGAGGACCUGAUGCUGCCCGGCACGGCGGCGCAGUUAAGGACGCUGGUCUCUCUGGCGAUUUUCCGGCCGCCGCGUCUUAUGCCGGAUUUCUUCUUGAAUGAUAUCCUUCGUAAGCUCUACUCGGAGAACAGGAAGGAGAAGAUGGAACUCCUGCACGGACUGACCAUCGGAAGGGACAACACAGUAGAAUUAAGCCCUCUCCGGCCGGACGUGUUGAUUGUGUGGGGCGAGCAGGACCAGAUUUUUCCACUGGAGAAAGCUACGGAGCUGAAGCAGUACGUAUUGAGGUGCUGGGAGAGAAGGCGAAGCUGGAAGUGAUAAAGAUGGCGUCGCAUUUGCCCCAGAUCGAGCAACCCGCACGCUUCAACCACAUUCUCGACACUUUCUUAUGUGGCUCCUCCUCCUGCUGCUGAUCCUUAUAUAUGAUCAUCAAUUACGUCUCAAUUUAUUUAUAUUAUUUUUAUUUAUGUAUAGAAGGAAAAGAAGAAGAAGAGGGCAAGUAAGUGGUUUUGUUAGGUUUGAACUUAAGAUUAAUAAUUAAUAAUAUUAGUAUAGAAUGGCCCGCCCCAGUUACAAGGCUCCUUGUCAUCUCAGUUACAUGUAUGAUUAGAGCUGAGAAAGAUAGAAAAUAGAGGACGAAUUAUCGUCCUCCUUCUAGUUCUUGCUAUAAUUUUAUAUAUCUUUCAUCACCUGUAUAGUCAACAAAUACAACAAAAUUGUCUCUAGGGGCGGAGCUCAGUGAUUGAUGUACACGAAAGGUUUUUCACCCACACAUUUGCAGUGUUUUUGUGUUCGA